AGCGCGAUAAAGCUGAGGGCAUUGCAAAACUGGUGAUGGGCACACCAAAGGUAGAAGCUAUCCCAUGUUCGACAUUUCUUGAAGAUUGUGGUCCUAGAGGAGAUAUUUUCCUCAGUUCUCUUUUUGUACUCUUAGUCCGAUUACUAGAUGGAUUUAACUACAAAUAACAGCAUCUACCUAGACUUACAAGUAGUUCUGUUGCAGAAGUAUCCCAAUUCCAUUCCUCCAUCUUGAUGGGGACCACACGCGCCCGCCAGCUGUGGCUGGUGUUGGACAAUGGAGGAUGCGCACGAAGUGCGGAAGCAUGUUUAUUUAUGAGUUCAGCCAAGUAUUAGCAGGCUGCUCGCUUGUCGUAGAGUCGCUAGUACUUGCGCAUGUAUUUCCCCCUUGGGCCUGACAACAUGGUCGCACCCGUAUACCCGUUGUCCCGCGUGAGGUAGUCCUCCGGUCUUCCUCUUGUCCGCGUUCUUUUUUGUUGUGAGAUUACUUAGGAUAAUAGGACUGCUUCUGCUUCUGCCUCACCCUCGUGGUGCCAUGGGAGGCACUCUUCUUCCUGAGCAAUGUUCCUGGCGAUGUUGGUCUAGAGUUCGUGUUGCGUUUCAUGGGCUCACUUGUUGACGGCUUGUCGAUCCGUUGGCGAGGGUCGUGGUUCGGUAUUGAGUACUAAGCAACGGCUCGGCCCCACGCUUUUUCCUUAUUUUCCGUGGUCAAAGAGGCAGGCGCCCUUUUUCACAUCAUGGGCUACAGAUAUGCCCGCGACGGCGCUAGACUUGUUGUGUGCCCUGGCGCUGGCCGGCCAUUCAAGGCUGAGAAAGCUGGAGUCGACCAGCCGGCAGUGCUUGAAAGUAGCUGAUGCAUUUCCUUUCAUACUGAAAAUAGCUCCAGUCACCUCUUUCUACAGACGCUAAUCUUUAUGCUAUGGUAUUCGGUGGAGCCCCAUCACCUGUUGGGGCUUCCCCUUAUAGUGUGAUAUUCAUUUUGAUAGUUCAUAUAGGCCCGCAGAAAAAGUGGGAGGGAGUGGAGGUAUGAUGUGGAGAUAAAAUUCGGCUCCUCGUCGUUUCUUUCGUGUAGUCCUACCAGGGGCGAUCAGAGGCCACGGCUACCCGCUCGAGCAGUCAAGCUAGCCGCGACUAUACUGUCACCCGACUGCCUAGGUCGUGUCGCUCUAGGUGCUCCUCUUGUAUGAUUGAUUGUUGCAGCUGAGUGGCUUUUGCUCUAUUUUUUCAUCUCGAGCAGGCACGCUCUGUAGAUUUUUCAAAUAUUGACUUCUUCCGUUUAUGUGGUCUGGCUAUGCUUCUGGAAAUUCUAAGGCUUGCAUACAUAUUGAUUAUUCUGAGGACCCUUGUUUCACAUUGGAAGGAAAAGAACUAGCAAGUUUGUUGACCUAUUGCUGUCUUUUACUUUGUUGGAAGCAAGCUGGAGAAGGAGAAUGCGAAUUUUAUCAAUCCUGGGCCUGCCCUAGCGCGAUUACCUAGGUGCCCCUCCCUAGCUUCAAUCAAGGCCAUCCGCAAAGGCCUCGCAUAUUUUAGAUGACCACGACAGCGACAGACUAACUUUAUGACAUGAAUAAACUAGUGGGAGAGAGACACUCUUGAUCUUGUUUCUAAUGCCUUGCCUUGUCUUCAUUAUUCUUCCUCCAGAUGAUGGCGCAAGAAUUGCGUGACCAGCUUCGUUUACCUGGUGGUGGA